AUGAGCACUGACACAGAGAUUGUGGUCUUUGGCCCAACGGCCAUUUGCCUCUGGAAGCCAGAAAGGGAAAGAGUUUUGGCCCAGGCUGCUCUCUUUGAUGACAAAAGAGCUUUCUUUGUGGUUGAGCCCAAAGAAAUGCACCUCAAAAGAGUUCACCAGGGUAAAGAGGGUGGCAAAGCAACUGUCAACUCUUUGUGGGCAAAGACCAUCACUGUAAAGGAGCAUGAUAUACACCCCAUGAACCCUCCAAAGCAUGAUAGAAAUGAGGACAUGGCCAUGAUGACCCACCUCAAUGAGCCCACUAACAUAAGCCUCAUCAACACUAAAAAGAAGCUGGAGGUUGACCUUACUCAGGUCCAAGGUGAAAUGGAAGACACUGUCCAGGAAGCAAGAAAUGCAGAGGAGAAGGCCAAGAAGGAUAUUACUGAUGUGAGUCUACAGACAUUACAUAACUAUAACCUGAAGAAGAAGGAGCAGGACACCAGCUCUCACCUGGAGAGGAUGAAGAAGAACCUGGAGGUGACAGUGAAGGACCUGCAGCACCGUCUGGAUGAGGCUGAGAAUCUGGCCAAGAAGGGCGGAAAGAAGCAACUCCAGAAACUGGAGGCUAGGGUCUGUGAGCUGGAAGGUGAAGUUGACGCUGAACAGAGACAUGGAUGCUAUCACAGGGGUACAGGGGUCUGCAAAUAUGAGGGAAGAGUCAAGGAGCUCACAUACCAGACUGAAGAGAACAAGAAAAAUGUGAACAGGCUCCAGGAUCUGGUUGACAUGCUGAGGAUGCCGACCAAGCCUACAGACAUCAACAGAGAAGAGCAGGCCAACACUCACCUGUCCAGGUUCAGGAAGGUGCAGCAUGAGCUGGAGGAAGCUCAGGAGCGUGCCGACAUCUGA